AUGAAAACAAUUUUCCUCCUUAAUCAAAAUAUUGAAAAUAUUUCAUAAUGAAUUUUGGUGGCACUUUAAGGUUGAACAAAUUCGCUUGUUUCACGCUAAUAUUCAUUGUGUUCCUCAUAAUUUAUUGGCGGUCGGGAAGCUCAGAGUAUCCCACCGACAAAACUGAUUUGGUAAACAUAAAAUCAUUGUUAAAAGCCGCUAUUUUCGCCGCGGAGCGAGGUGGGGUGAAGGUAGCUGAGGGUAAAAACCAUGAUUUGAACGUGAAGAGUAAAGGCAAGACGCUCGAAGGGGCAAACGAUCCAGUUACUGACGCCGACUAUUCUUCACACUGCGCUAUGUAUUAUAGCCUCCAAAACACGUUUCCCAAGUUAAAUAUAAUUUCGGAAGAGCAUUCGAAGGACGACGCGAGUUGUCAGAAUCAGGAGAAGAUAGACAUCGACUCGACACCAUCAGAGCAUGUGAUAAUCGACCAAAUGAAUGAUGAACAUGUUUUUAUUAAAGAUGUGACAAUUUGGAUAGAUCCAUUGGACGCUACACAGGAAUACACAGAGGGUCUAUACAAGUAUGUAACAACAAUGGUGUGCGUGGCCAUCAACGGAGUGCCAAUAGUUGGGGUAGUACACUAUCCAUUCGCAACUCGCACCUAUUGGGGCUGGGAGACGAAACGAACUUCCACCAACAUUCCCAAUGUACAACAUAUACCAGAAAACAAAGAGCACCCGAAGGUAGUUGUGUCCCGCUCUCACCCAGGGAAAGUCUCGGACAUAGCGAAAGCAGCUUUCGGUCCCAAAACAACAGUAUCGCCCGCAGCUGGUGCGGGAGACAAAGUCAUGAGUGUGGUAAACGGGGAGUUUGAUGUGUAUCUGCACGCAACGGCGAUAAAGAAAUGGGACUUAUGUGCUGGUAACGCGAUAAUUAAAGCUGUCAACGGUAAAAUGACAACGACAAACGGUAAACCAAUUGAUUAUUCAUCGAACAGUGCGGUCAAAGUUACAGAUGGUAUUAUUGUGACGAGGUACGAUCAUGAGUAUUAUUUGAGUAAACUGCAGAAGGUAACAGCUAAGUCUUAAAAAUAUACAACGUGUAACGGAAUUAUGAAAUACUGUUGAAGGAUGCGUAAGUAUAUUUCAUAA